AUGAACAACGCCGAAGCCGCCAUGAUCGACAUGUCACCACCGUAUCCAUGCAUUAAAGCUGAACAUGGUAUUGAUACAACACCACCACCACAACAGCAGCAGCAAUUAUCAGGCAGCCGUGAAGCGAUGGAGCCAUUGUAUAAUCAGUUGGUGGAACCCACAUUCAAAGAUAGUGCAUCAGCAGUUGGCUUUUGCAGAGCAGCAUGUCAUCAAUAUGGAUUCACUAUCAAGCAGGAAACGAGUGCAAACAAGCACAUUUACGUGUAUUGUUCAAGAGAAGGAUUACCCGAUUCUCAACGGCGUCGUGGUAGUGGUGGAGGAGGAAAUGAUCAUGACAAGUCAUCCAACAAUGAAAGCUCUGCACCCAAGCGACGACGUGUAUCGAAACGAUGUGAUUGUCGGUGGCGAGUGGUGUUAUCGGAAACAACACCGGGUUGCUGGCGGUUCCGAAGAUCCUUAAAUCCGAGUGCUUCGGAGCACAAUCAUGCCAUGAUGUCGCCUGAUGAGAUUGUUGUACAGCAUUGGCCAUCGGCUAUGAAUUCGCUCAUUGUCGAAUUGGCUCGUGAUAGAGUGCCUACGCAUGAUAUUCGCACACGUGUACAACAAGCGUACCCUGAUAUUGUAUGGAAUGAGCGCCGCUUUUAUAAUCGUCUCACGGAAGAACGUAAACGUAUACGCUCACGAGACAUCCUUGAUCGUUCACGCCGUUUGCUAUUACUCUUGUCCCGCUUGACAUCGCUUGCUGCUGCUAACGAGCAUUGGGCAGCCCAUGUUGAAUCCGAAAUGGCACGUCUUUUUGAUAACUUUUGUCAAGCUGCACAUCCUCAUGUGGAUCCUGAGAUGCUGGUUGUCAACCUUGAUCCAGAUCAAAUUUGCCAUGAUAAGCAACAGCAGCAACAACAGGAAUCUGCAAGGAAUAAAAAAGCAAGUAAUAACAGCAACAAGGAACUCAAGAUCCACAUCCCAAGUUACACAUUGGCUAUCACCCCUCAAAAAUUUAGGCAGCCAUCCUCUUCUUCACCAUCCUCCCUCCUUUGUAAUAGCCACCACAUGGCAUCAGCAAGCACCAUUACUACUGGAGCAACACAUUCACCAUCCUCGUCGUCUCUAUGUCCAUCUGAAUAUGCUUACAAUGAUAGCGCAAGCAGCAAUAACCAUCAACAAUCCAUCGCCGCCGCUUCCUUUCUAUCACCUUCACCUGCUGAAACUGUGACACAGACAUUGCCAUUUGAUUUUUCUUCAGGGAUGGUCCUCCCCAAACAACCCGAUUCCAUGUUUCUUGAUUAUGGUUUGUUACAACAACAGCAUCAUCAUCAUCAUCAUCAACAACAUUUACAACGACUCGAUGAUCCCCUUCCACAAGGCCCAUGGUAA